AUGGAUUUGGGAUUCCCUCGUCCGAAGGACGUUUACUGUCAGAGUUGCCCGGACGGAGUCGUGUCGCUAGCCUGUCACCAGUGGAGUGCCACAGGAUCUGUACUGUUCCUCCUGUUCGUGAAUGAUCUGCCCCCCCGGUUGAGCUCAUCUUGCGUCCUCUACGUGGAUGAUGUGAAACUGUGGAGAGCCAUGAGAACACCGGAGGACCACCAUGCCCUCCAAGAGGAUUUGGACAAGUUCGACCACUGGGCUGACGUCUGGGAACUUCCAGUGAACUCGUCGAAAUGCGCUCAUAUGCGCCUGAGAUGGAAUACACCGGAUAUUCCUUAG